UUUUUUUUCUCUUUUUACAAAUAGAAAUAUAUUUCUCAAUUAUGCAAAAUAACAAUGACAAACAAAAGAGAAGAUAAUCUUUAUUCAAUAGAGUCAGCAAAGAUACCUUCUCAAUGUUGGUGGGCAGAUGAAGUAUUGUCUUCUGGCGAAGAAUUAAAUCAACUAUACCAAGAUUUUGUGCUUAUUAGUGAAUUCUCUGAAUUAGAGGGCCCUUUACCACUAGCCAUCGUAACAGAGUCAUCUUAUAUAGAUCUAAAGCAAUAUACCGACAAUAGCUCGCCAAAAACAAACUAUUUGAAGGAGCAAUUAGAAAAACUUGGUCUAGAUUCAUUUGAUUUUAAUGCAUUUGUACUUCGUGUUGUAUCGGUAGAUCGAAGUACAGAAUUUGAACAAAUAGAUGAAGUUUUGCUUGAGGCUUCAACAACAGCUACAUCUUCUUUAUUCCAAGAUACAUCAACAACUUCAUUAUUUUCAAUUCCGGAUGAUACUCAAGUUUAUUUUACAGAUUCUGAACAUAAUUUCUUCGCCUUUACACAUCAUUUGACUUUGUUUGAUAUUAAUGCAAGAGGUUAUGUUCAUCCAGUAGCUUUGUCAUAUAUAACAAGAGAUCCAGAAAAAAUUAUUAAUCGAUUUGAAGAAUUAAUGGGGAAAUUUAACGAGGUUUCUAUCAAAAUGAAAAAGGGCAACUAUUCAAAUUUUAUUCUGGAUUUAAAGUAUAGAUUACUUGACCUAGAAUAUACCCAAACUGUCUUAAACGACACCACCUCUUUUGAGCAAAAGCCUGUUUUAUCAGCUAAAGCUAUUGAGCAAGCUAUUAUUGCAACAAAGUUCAUGAUUGAUACUUUAGAAUCAAGUAAGAGUCAAAUUAAUAACUUGGCUGACGACAGGAACAAAAUAGAUAAUACAACAGAACCAGAUAUAAUACCAAUUAUCAAAAAUGAUGAUACUUUUUACCAAUUUACUAGCGAUACCAUUCAUAAUGAUGAUUAUAAACCAAAGCUGAUUGACACAUUAUCUCCUGUAGCUCAUUUUGAAAGAAAAUUACGUUCACUUGCUCAGUUAUGUCAGGAACCUGAGGAGAAUGAACAGCAAGAGUCAAUAAAACCUACUACUUUAAUUGAUAAUGGCUUGAAUCAUACCAAACAACAUAAUUUAACACAAAAGACAACAACUAUGAUUCCAUUUAUGUUUUCUAUCAUCAAACCGUCAAAUACAAAUAUCGGUCCUGUCUCUUCAUCAGAAGAAGAAUGUUUAAAAGACUCUGACAAUAAUCAGCAAAAUUUAGCAUUUGCGAAUUCUAUUAAACGUGAUAUGUACUCUAAAGUCAUUAAAUAUAUGAAAGAUAUGGUGCAUUACUUUGGACGAAAUAGUGUGAUACUUAACGUAAAUGAUGAAGAAUCUUUAUUUAUUAAUCCAGUUUCUUCUGCAUUAACAAUUGGGCGUGCAUUUAUGUUAAAUAUGGAUAAUCCUCAACCCAGAGAACGAGAAGAUCAUACUAGCUUAUCUGAAGAGGUGACAGCUGAUGAUAAUGAUAAAAAUAACGAUGUAGAUGACAAUCAUGUUAAUGUACAAUUAGAGCUUGAUAAUGACGAUAAAAAGGAAGAAUCUUGCUUCCCCUUUCUUUUUGCACCAUUACAACUAUGGAAAUCAGAAGAAAAAGAUGCGCCAAAAUCCCAUCUUCUAGAAGUGCUUCGACUUUACCAAUCUUUAAUCGUUGAUGUCAUUUUUUCUUUAUUAACAGGAAGAACUGUUCUUGUUCAAGGCAGCUUACAGAAUAAAAGUCGUGUUCAAGAAGUUGUACAAGCAUUAUCUAUUUUUGUUCCUGGGAAAAGUCAGGAUCAUCAUCAAAUUAUUGAAUGGUUUGAUUCUACAAAACUUACAGAUAUUCAAACCAAAAGUAUUAAAUUAGUUGGAAUUAACAAAGAAAAUGUAGAUUCUAGUGUUCAUAUUGAUAGUAGCUGUGUUUUAGAUAUUGAUGUGAAAAAUGGCUCAUUAAAUUCAAGUCCUGUUUAUCUUGAAGGUCAAUGGAUCAAUCAGUUUUUGGAUCGAAUCAUGCUCUUUUCGUCUGAUGAAGCAUACCUUGCCUAUCUACAUACAGUAUUUAUGAACAUAUCAUUAAAAGCAUUCGUGUAUCAUCAUUUGUAUGUUUCUGAUGAAUUUCAAUUAGAUGAGAGUCCUCUUUCUUCUGCUGCAUCAAAUAAAGGCUAUGUCUCUGAAACUAAUUCUGAAAGUAGUACAUUAAGUAGAAAAUGGAGUGUAAGGCUGAUGAAUUAUCUAAAAAAGUAUGAAGAUCAAGAGAGUACGUUGGAACUAGCAUUAAAUACUACUAAAAUAAAUUCAACUUCAUCGGCUCUAUCGUCUGUAAAAAGUAAUCAUGAUGAGGAUGACUUUUCUGAAGAGAAUCAAGCUACUGUCACUCUACAGAACUUUAGUAUGCAAAAUAACAGUAAGCCGCGUACUGUUUUAGGUUUAUUCAAUCAGCCAACCACUCGUAAUGAAGUUAUACCAGACAAUCCUCAGACUUUGACAGAUGAAAAUUUAUCAUUACUGAGAAAUGAUAGCUUCUUUCCAACUUACAGUGAUUAUAGUCGAAGAGAAUCGGUUAUAAGUAAAAGCAGUUCUACUUCUCAUGAUGAUGAAGCUAAUGAUGGUGAUACAAUCAACAGAAGUACCUCUAGUUUAGAAUUCAAUAUGAGUGAAUUAAUUCAAUAUGAUGAAGAGCAAGAUACCAAUAGUUAUAGUAGUAGUGAUAGUGAUGGAGAUGAAGAAGUCUCUACAUAUUCUAUGCGUCGUCAACGUAGACGUUAUAAAGCUUCACGAAAAAAGCCGAAUAAUGAUCAAGAUCUUGGACCUGAUGGUAUCUCUUAUAUAGAAAGAAGAGGUAGACAGUAUUUACAAGAAAAAUUCAAAGUAUAUGGCGAUGAUCAAACAAUAGUUAUCUAUUUAGCUACUUGUGUUAUUUAAGUUAUUUUUUUUUUAAAAAAAAAAAAAAAAAAAAAAAAAAAAAAAAAAA